AUACAGUAGAUUUUUACGGAGUGCACUGGAGAAGCUUUAGGGCGGAGAGAGACGGAUGCGGACGGACAUUGUGAUCCCUGAUAAUAGCCUACAGAAGAGAAGAGAUGCUCCACUGGGAUUAUUUUAAACCUCCGUGUUGACCUCUCAUCCCAACCCGAGGAGCAGGAACAAACACGAUUGUGCUUCAGCGAUUCCCAGAAGCUAAAUACUUAGAAAUAAAUGCUGCCAAUUACGAUUUAAAGCACCGAGGAGAGAGGUUAUAAAUAGCAGCGCGAAGAGGAAAUGGAGCGUUUUCUUCGUGCCUGGAUGAGGAAUGUUGCGAUCCAUUUACAGUGACAGACAUCUCAUGUGCCUCGUAAGAGUUAUUUUAUGGUUUAACCGCUGUAAUAGCAAUUGACGGUGAAUUUGUGCACAAUAUGGGGAGCGACAGUGAAAUACUGAACCGGGAGCUGUCAAAGAUGUCCGAUGAAGACUUGCUGUCUUGUUCUAAGGAAGAGCUGGUGAGUCGACUCCGCAAAGAAGAAUCGGAAAAGAUGUCCGCUCUCAUACAGCGCGGCCGAUUAAUCAAGGAGGUCAAUAAACAACUGCAGGGACAUCUGCUUGAAAUCAGGGAACUCAAAGUCAUCAACCAGAGGCUGCAAGAGGAGAACCAGGAACUUCGGGAUCUGUGCUGCUUUCUGGACGAUGACCGUCUGAAAGUGAAGAAGCUGGCCCGUGAGUGGCAACUAUUCGGCCAUCACGCUGCUAAAGUGAUGCGCGAAGACCUCGGCGGAUACCUCAAGAAGCUCGCCGACCUGGAGCGGAUGCAGGACGGUCUGGUGAAGGAGAACCUGGAUCUGAAGGAACUUUGUUUGGUGCUCGAGGAAGAGUGCGUGAGUAGGAGUGAUUCCAGCCCGGGCGGCUCCACGGAUCUCAACAUACCGUGUAUGGUGGCCCGGGACGUGGGCGACGGGAGCUCCAGCACCGGGAGUGUUGGCAGUCCAGACCAGCUGCACUUGGUGUGUUCACCAGAUGACUGAAGGAGAGGAGCAGAGCCAUAUUACUUUACCCUUCUCUCUUGAUGCUGAGACAGACUUUUUAUGUCUACUAAAGUAGUUUACAUUUUCUGACAACGACAUCUCAGCUAUUUCGUUGGAAAUAGACCAAGACUUCUAAAGUAGGCUAGUUUACUCAUGGCCUUUUGAUGCCAUAAAUACAGUUUCUCUAUAUUUCAUCGAUUAACAUUUUAUAGUUGGCAGACCUUUUAACACUUGAGUGAAAUUAUUGGGUGCCAGGCAAAACAGAAUUAUUUUUAAGCUUUAAGGUGACAGACUUUCCUUUCGAAAUCAGUCCUCCUGCUAAGAAAUCCAGUUUAAAGGGACAGUUCACACAGAAAUUAAAGUUUUGUCAUAAUCUACUCCCACCGAUGUCGUUCCAAACCUGUAUGACUUUCUGCUGUGGAAUACAAAAUAAUUUUAUUUUGAAGAACUGUUUUUAUCCAUACAGUAAAAGUCAGUGGUGUCCAAUGCAGAACUGGACCCUAUUGACUUUUAUCAUGUGGACCAGAGAUUUGCAAACGGGGGUUCACAAACGCCUGGGGGGUUUUAAGGGAACUGCAAGGAGUUUGUGAGUGGAUGACAAGCUAAUAGUUAAUUAAAUAAUAAAAAAUAAAUACGUUUAAAAUAAAAACAGCCCAAAGUAAAACUAAAUAACACAUUCCGGCAAAAUAUAUGUGACCCUGGACCACAAAACCAGUCAUAAGGGUAAAUUUUUUGAAAAUUUGAUUUUUACAUCAUCUGAAAGCUGAAUAAAUAAACUGUCCAUUAAUGUAUGGUUUGUUAGGUCAAUAUUUGAGAUACAACUAUUUGAAAAUCUGUAAUCUGAGCGUGCAAAAAAAUUUAAUAUUGAGAAAAUCGCCUUUAAAGUUGUCCAAAUUAAGUUCUUAGCAAUGCAUAUUACUAAUCAAAAGUUAAGUUUUGAUAUAUUUAAGGUAGAAAAUUUACAAAAUAUCUUCAUGGAACAUGAUCUUUACUUAAUAUCCUAAUGAUUUUUUAAAUAGAAAAAAAAUUAAAUAAAAGAAGAAGAAGAAAAAAAAUUGGGCAAUCACUGGUGUGGCAUUUUUCAGAAUAUCUUCUUUUAUGUUCUGCAGAAGAAAGUCAUACAGGUUUGCAAUGAACAUGAAUAAAUCCUUUUUGAUUUACGUUCUUUUUAAGAUGGUAGGUCUGUUUUUGCAAGAUGGUGACUGGUUUUUACCUGGUCUAAGCUAGUUGAAAAACUAGGUCUACGAUGGCCUUCCUUCCACCAUGUUCCAAAAGCUUCAGAUUUUCCAGCAGGCCUAUUUAUUGUAUUAGUAGCAUUAUUUGAAUGUAUAAUUUUCCAAGUGUUGCAGGAAUGUUUCCUCUCAUCUCUUACAGGGAUUGUAGAUAGGGGCAAAAAAAUUAGUUUUGGGGUUGACAUUUUAAACAACAUUGGGAGAAACUAACCAUACUGCUAACUUGUACCAGGUUUUACUGUGCACUGAUCUGUUCACAGGCUGAUGUUUCUCCUACGAUGCACUACGACAGGGCUGCAAUGAAUCUUGAAUCUUUAGAGAUUCACAUUUUUACUAAUUAGAGCCAUAUACUAUGUUGUGAUCUGUUUAAGAUCAUUUACAAAAAGCACUGAAUCUUUUUCAGCAAUGGAGAGGAAAUGGUAGUAUCAAAGGAUUGUGGAAAGCAAAGCCUCCAUUGUAAGCAGAUCAGAUUUUUUGAUGUAAUAUGGCUACAUCACGGAGGCCCAAGAAUGAUUCACUGGAAAUGCACGUAACUAGACCACGUUUUUACAAUAUGAGAUUGUUUUUUUUUUGUUUUUUUCUUGUUUGUUUUGAACUGGACAGUAUAAUUCACUAGAUGUAGUGACAUGUGCUCCACUAAACUAUGUUGCUGUGCUCUGCACUGAAUCCAAAAUGAACUAUCUUUUGCAUUAACCCCACUUUAACUACACAGCUGUACUGUACAAAGCUUUUUGUGUUCAGUUGUUGCUUUGACGAGACUUUAAUUAAUACACACUGAAUUGACACUGGUGUUUGGAGGGGAAAACAUUGACAUGUAGUUUUAAAAUUAUUGUGCUAGAUAUUGUUAUUAUUAUAGUCAUUUUUGUUGUAUUUGCUGCAUACUACAAGGCCCUCCUACAUAGGAUUGUUCUGUUGUACAUGUUUUAAAUCCAAAUAUAUGAUCAGUAUUAUUUCAAUGACUGCAGUUUUAUAGCUAAGACCCAGCUCUCUGAUUGGUUAGCAUUUGUUUUGUUUCAGGCUAUGCUCAUUGUGAGUGAGAUAGCUUUAAAUACACUUGACUGACACACCA